AUGGCCGACAGAUCGACUGAUGCAGACGUCGAUGCACAGUCCAAACCGCCCUCCGACACCUCAUCCAACGAGCACGCGACACCCCCCGAAGCCAAUGGCACUCUGACCAACGGCACGUCCACCGAAGAGAAGCAGCAGGAUGGCGAGAAUGGCGAACAACCACCCCAGACGGACAAUGUCUUCCAACUCACCAUCGAGCUGCCGCAUGCUCCCGGGCAGACGCAGAUCAUGGUUUCAACCCAAGAGCAGGUUCAGGACAUCCGGCAAUCGAUCAUAGACACGCCGCACACCUUCCAGUACUCCUGCUUCCAUCUUGAGCACAAGGGCAAGCGUGUCAAUGACUUCAUCGAGCUGUCUGAGGUCCCGGACAUUGUUCAGGAGCCGACAUGCAAACUGGUGGAAGACCCUUACACCGAAGCGCAAGCACGCGUGCAUGUUGUUCGUGUACGAGAGCUGAUCGGUGCAGCGGGAGACCGGACGGACCUGGUCAUGGGCAUUGAUGCCGGCUUGAGCUUAUGCGAUAGCAUAGACCUUCCUAGCAGCAAGAGCGGCGAUGAGUCGAAUCCAGUCGCGAACUACGACGUCAAUGCGCCAGGUUCGGUGUCUACACUACUGGCGAAGUCGCGAGAGGCAGCGCCAAAGACGGUCAAGAACAUCUCGCUGUCCGCAUGGAACCCACCUCCACCACACCUUCGAAUGCGCGGCCAUCUGCUCUACCUGCAGGUGACCACGAACGAGGGCGAGCAAUACUACAUCACUUCCGCAGUCACAGGAUUCUACGUCAACAAGUCCACCAAUAACAAAUUUGACCCGACACCUCGCAGCUCACCCAAGGCUUUCUCCGCACACUCCCUCAUCAGCCUACUGGAACAGGUAUCACCAUCCUUCGAUUCCUCUUUCCGUAAGCUCCAGGAACACAAUGGCCAGCGAGACCCACUAGCCGCCUACCAGCUCUCGAACAGCAUACCCUCCGCGCCAUGGCUCGUCUCAGCAUCCUCUACGCACCAGCAUCAAGCCGACCUCACGCGAACACAGGAAGCCUACCUUCUGGCCGGCGCAGAGAACGCUGAGACCUUGCGCGACUGGAAUGAAGAGUUCCAAUCGACCCGAGAGCUCCCGAAAGAGACGGUGCAGGACCGAGUGUUCAGAGAGCGACUGACGAGCAAGCUGUUCGCCGAGUACAAUGAAGCGGCAGUACGAGGCGCAGCGCUGGUUGCGAGAGGGGAGGUACAGCCUCUCAAUCCAACGGAAGCAAGAGAUGCGCAGAUCUUCGUGUACAACAACGUCUUCUACUCCUUCGGCGCGGACGGUGUCGGCACUUUCGCGACAGACGGCGGGGACGAAGCGGCGCGCAUAGCGACCGGCAAGGAUGUGCAGGGCGUCAAGGCUGUCAACCAGCUGGACAUCAACGGCCUCUUCACACCAGGCACCGUGGUUGUCGACUACUUGGGAAAGAGGGUAGUAGGCCAAAGCAUCGUGCCUGGGAUCUUCAAGCAGCGGGACCCCGGCGAGCACCAAAUCGAUUACGGCGGCGUUGAGGGUAGGGACAUCAUCGCGUCCAUGGAAAGCUUUGUGCAGCCCUUUAGCGAGCUGAGCAAAGCGAUGCGCGUGAAGCGUCACGCAGUGUGGGACAAGGAGGGCAAGAAGCACGAGCUAGAAGCUAGCGUAGAAACCAAGGGGCUGCUAGGCACGGAUGGCCGGAAAUAUGUGCUGGAUUUGUACCGUGUGACGCCGCUGGAUAUCCACUGGUUGGAGAAGUAUUGCGGCAAGGAGCAGGAGGAGGGCAAGCGGUACCCGCAUAGGAUGACGGUGCUGAGGCCCGAGUUGGUGGAUUCUUACAGGAUUGUGAAGUUGAGGGAGUAUAUUGCCAAGGAGGUUGAGAGGAAGAGAGCGGGGCAGGGGCAGGAGGGGGAGAAGGGGGAGUUGACGAAUGGAGAGGCGAAGGACGAGCAGAAGCAGACGAAUGGCGAGGCGAAGAGUGAUGGCGAGGAUGCGGACAAGAACGGCGAGACUGCGGUUGAAAAGGCGGAUCAAGGCACGAAGGAGCAACGGCCGCAGGAAACAGUGGAUGUGUCUGGCUUCUCGUUCACGCUCAACCCGGACGUCUUCUCCGGUCAAAAACCACAGAGCGACGAGGAGAAGGCCGAGUACGAAGCCGACGAGGCAGCUGUCCGCACAGUCUGCACGUACCUCACAUCCGAAGUCAUCCCCAGACUCGUGCGCGAGAUGCAAGAAGGCGAAGCUGGCUUCCCAAUGGAUGGUCAGAGUCUCGUUCGUGAAAUGCACAAGCGCGGCAUCAACGUGCGGUACCUAGGCGAGAUCUCACGAUUGUGUUCAGAGCAGAAAGACGACAAGCGCGUGCAGGCGCUCGGCCAGCUGUGCAGACAGGAGAUGGUAAGCAGAGUGUUUAAGCACUUUGCCAAUGCUCAGUUGAAGGAGCUACCUGCUUGUUUUGCGCAGUACUGCAUCAGCCAUCUGCUGAAUUGCUUGCUUGGUGCUGGGCUGAACGGCAAUCCGCAGUAUGAGGUUGAUGACGAGUUGAAGGCGAUGUAUCCGGAUACUGAGUUCUCGUUCGGCAAGGUCACGCCUCAGAGCUUGGCUGCUGAGGUGAGAAGGCAGGUUGAGCUUCGCUACCGGAUACAGCUAGAGGGUGACUUGGUGCCGGCGGGCAGGGAGUUGCAGAUGCUACGGGAGGUGUGCAUGAAGCUCGGUCUUCAGCUUGAGGCGAAGGAGUACCGGUUUACAAAGGAGCAGCUUGCACCCCAGCAGCCUAAUGGUCUGGCGACAAAGGCAUCAUCCGACUCGCUUACUGUUCCGCAAACGAACGGCGCUCAUCCGCCCUCAGAAGGCGGAAAGAAGAAGAAAAAGAAUAAGGCCGAUCAUUCGCCUAAUCGUGCUGCUUCGGCUUCACCAACACUACCGCCUACCACGUUCCACCCGGACAACAUCCUCAACAUCGUCCCCGUCUUCAAGGAUGCCGCCCCUCGGAGUGUGCUCGCCGAAGAAGCCCUCGACGCCGGCCGCAUGUCCCUCCAGCAAGACCAGAAAGAACUCGGCCAAGAGCUCCUCCUCGAGUCGCUCAGCCUCCACGAGCAAAUCUACGGCAUCCUCCACCCCGAAGUCGCGCGCGUCUACUACGCCCUCUCCACCAUCUACUACAGCCUCGAGGAGAAGAACGCGGCCGUCGAGCUGGCCAAGAAAGCCGUCAUCGUCUCCGAGCGCACCCUCGGCAUCGACAACGCCGAGACCAUACUGGCAUAUCUCAACCUCUCCCUCUUCGAGCACGCGACAGGCAACACCAGAGAUGCUCUGGCGUACGUGCGUCACGCGCUGGAGCUGUGGAAACUCGUCUACGACGCCCGCCACCCGGACUCCAUCACCACGCUCAACAAUGCCGCCGUGAUGCUGCAGAGCCUGAAGCUCUUCCACGAAUCCCGCCUCUGGUUCGAGGUGUCUCUGUCGAUCUGCGAAGACCUGAGCGGCAAACACGCCAUCGCGACCGCGACGCUGCUCUUCCAGCUCGCGCAGGCUCUUGCAUUAGAUCAGGAUAGCAAGCAGGCGGUGGCGAAGAUGCGGGAGAGCUAUAGCGUGUUUAAAGCGGAGUUGGGGGCGGAGAACCCGAAUACGAAGGAAGCGGAGAACUGGCUCGAGACGCUUACGCAUUCGGCGGUUAGUCAGGCGAGGCAGGCGAAUGCGCUGCAGAACAGGAGACUGCUUUUCAGCGGUAGGGGAGGGAGUAGGAUGCCGAGGGUGGCGAUGGGGGGACGGCCGGCGCCGCCUGUUGCUGGCACCGCGGGGAAUGAGGUUGUUGGUGGGGUUGGGCAGGUUGGGGGAGGUGUAGGUGGUGGGGUUGGGGGUGAGAGGACGGGUCAAGGGAUCGACCAGAGGAAUCUGGACGAGUUGUUGCGGUAUAUUAACGGCGAGGCGGGGCAGGCGAGCAGUACGCCGAAGAAGAAGACGGCGAAUCCUAAGAGGAGGCAGGCGAGGGUUGGGGCUUGA